UAUAUAAAUGAAAAUCAACAAGAGAGCCACUAUGGAGAGUGAGUAUGACUAAAAGGAUAUCGUAGUCAUUGAUAAUGGUACUGACACUAUCAAAGUGGGAAUCUCAGGAGAGGACUAUCCUAGAGUAAUUAUGACCCUAUUGUAUUUAUAGCUAAUUUAUGACAAUAAAUGCGGAUCGCACUCAGUUUAAAAUGACAAUGAUAAUCCAAACAAUAAACCAUAACUCUUAUUCGGCUAAGAUUUGAAGAAAGUCAUCAAGGAGAAAAAGUUGAAUGUACAGUUAUCAAAUCCAAUCAAAGAUGGAGUACAAAUUAUAAUUAUUGUAUUUACUUAGAAAAUUGAUAAUGUGGAAUCUAUGAAAGAAUUCUGGCAAUAUAUACUUGAGGAUGGAUUACAAAUAUCUGAAUUACAAUAAGUUAAUUUAUUAAUCAUUGAUCAAGUAAAGAAUAGUAAAGAAUACAAAUCGAAACUUGCUGAAGUCUUUUUUGAUUAUCUCAAAGUUUAAUCAGUCUUAUUCAUGAAUUCAGCAAGUUUGUCAUUGUUUUCAACUGGAUUAGUUAGGUAAUUAUUUUCAUAACUUGUUUAAGCGGAUUAUCUAUUGAAUUAGGACAUGCUGUGAAUACAAUUGUCCCAAUUUAUUAAGGAUUUCCAAUUAUGCAUGCUUUAGAAUUUUCUCAUAUCUCGGGGGCUGAAAUCACACAAUGUUUGGAAAAUGAUUUGAAAUGUUAUGAAACGUUAAUCGAUAAAUUUUCUGAGGAAGAGAAACAAUGGAUUAUUAAGGAUAUUAAAGAAAAGAUGUGUUACAUUGCUAGUGAUUAUGAAAUGCAAAUGCAAGUAAUCAAUAUACAUUACAAAUUAAGUCAGAAGACAAUUUUACGGAAGAAGAGAGAAGCUAUGAAUUACCAGAUGAAUAAGUCAUUCAAAUUACUCCAUAGAUCAGAUAUCAUUGUUCUGAAGCUUUAUUCAAUUCUGCUAUUAUAAAUAAGAAUAGUUUUUCAUUGCCUUAAAUGAUUGUUAAUUCGAUCUAGAGAUGUGAUAAGGAAUUGAGAUCAGAAUUACUGGCUAACAUGGUGCUUGGUGGAGGUACUUCUAUGUUUUAAGGACUAAUAUCCAGAUUGCAAGAUGAUAUUUGUUAAAUCUAUCCAGGAGGGGCUAUGAGAUCAGAAUUCAAUUUCGUUGCUGAUUUCCAAAGGAAAUAUAGUGCUUGGAUAGGUGGUUCUAUGCUUGGAUCACUUAAGACAUUUUAAUCUUUAGCUAUCAAUAAACAAGAAUACGAAGAGAAUCCUGAAGGCAAAAUGUCACUUAUUCAUAAAAGAACAUUUUGA